AUGGAUCCCUCGACCUCUAGAGAAAGAGCAAACGGAACUUUACUUAAUAUCAGAUUGCAUGGCGAAAUGGGCUGCGCUUCUUACCACUUCUAUCCAAAUCUCUCCGCCGGCGAUGAUAUGAGAAUGCAAACAGCCGCAGCUUCGUCUUUUUCUAAUUACUCCACAGCUCCAUCUUCAUCUUCUUCCUCUUCUAACUAUGGCUUCCACCCAAAUUUUCAGACUGGAAUGGGAGAAUAUGAGAGAGGAAGUUUCAGAUACGGUGAGUCUCAGCCAACAACAGCUUCUAUAAGAUGGGACCCAAAUAACACAUUCCUGGAGACCCAACAUUUUGGGCAACCAAAUAUGACUGGGAACCAUUUCAAUCCCCAUGUACAGGAUUCAAUGCACAAGAACAUAAAUUCAAAAUAUGGGAGCGAUUCAAUUGGCUCAAGCAGUCAAAAUUCUGAAUCAAGUGACACUCAAGAGCUAGAUUUGGAGCUGAGAUUGUCAAUCUAACAAAGUGGGUUCCAAUCAAUCAACUUCCCUAUCAUUCUAUGAAGUGAUAAUUAUGAACGGAAAAUACUUGAUUUCUCAAUCAAUGAGGACUUAUCUUGUCUUUUAACCAUCCAUUAAAAAUGUUCGACAACUCAGAAAAAUAAAUACAAAAAUUGUUAAUUUGUCAAACAUUUAAUGGUAGUGAGUACAAGAUUUAGUUCUUAUUAGGAAUGAGCCAAAUAUUUUCUAUUAUAGAUUGAACUCGUAUAAUUUACCCUUAUUUUAUGAACCAUGCCCCUAUAAAACUGAUACAUGUGGCACUAGGAAAAUAUUAUUAAGCCACAUUUAGAUCAUAUAUAAAUUUUGAUCUUUUUGAGAUGUUGGAGACUAUUUUGAAAAAUAUAGGGGUGUGGUUUGUAAAAUGGGCAAACUAUAGGGUGUGAUUUGUAAUUAUUUCUAUAUUAUAAAUAUUGCAUGCAUGCACAAGUCCAAUACAUUUCUUUUCCAAGUUCA